UGCUGCCGCUAGAUACGUAGCAAGCCCCCUUCGUUGCAGGAGAAAGUAACGUUCGAUAGCUUCAAAACAGAAAAACACGCCUCCGAGAAAAAUGGCCGGGGCGCUUCGGGCUCUGCUGGGGAAUGCAAAGUCUUUCACUUAUAUUUUGACAUUCACCAAAAUGGCCCAGCCGCUCCGAACUCCUGUUUUACCUGCUGCUGUCAUCCGAAGCGCUUCAACUGGGACUCUGGAAGUGAAGGAACCGCUCAACUUCUGGUGCGGGGGCAGAGUAAAGCCCAAAGAUGCGAAAAACGCGGAACAUGUAUACGAACCUGCCACAGGACGUGUCCUUUGUGAAAUGGUACCAUGUGGGGCUGAGGAGGUGGAUCAGGCCGUUCAGAGUGCCCAUUCUGCCUAUUUGAAGUGGAGCAAGAUGGCUGGUAUGGAGAGAGCACGUGUGAUGCUGGAGGCAGCUCGCAUUAUCAGGGAACAGAGAGAUGAGAUUGCCAAGAUGGAAGUGAUCAACAAUGGGAAGUCCAUCACAGAGGCACGUGUGGACAUAGACGUAGCUUGGCAGUGCAUUGAGUACUAUGCUGGCAUGGCUGGAACACUUGCAGGCCAGCAUAUCCAGCUUCCAGGGGGUGCUUUUGCCUACACAAGGCGUGAGCCCCUUGGCGUGUGUGUGGGCAUUGGUGCAUGGAACUACCCCUUCCAGAUCGCGGCCUGGAAAUCCGCCCCUGCCUUGGCCUGUGGCAAUGCCAUGGUGUUCAAGCCCUCACCUAUGACUCCGGUGACAGCUGUUAUGCUGGCAGAGAUCUACGCCCAGGCUGGAGUCCCAGAAGGGCUCUUCAACGUAGUGCAGGGAGCAGCAGAGACGGGCACCCUGCUCUGCCACCACCCAUUGGUGGCAAAGGUGUCCUUCACUGGCAGUGUCCCCACAGGCAAGAAGAUCAUGGAGAUGUCUGCGAAGGGGGUGAAGCCUGUGACCCUGGAACUGGGAGGGAAGUCACCACUGAUUAUCUUCAAGGACAGUGAGCUGGAUAAUGCUGUAAAGGGGGCGCUCAUGGCAAAUUUCCUGUCCCAAGGAGAGGUCUGCUGUAACGGGACAAGGGUCUUUGUCGAGAGGGAGAUUCUGCCCAAGUUCUUGGAGGAAGUGGUGAAGAGGACCAAGGCUAUCCCAGUCGGUGACCCCCUGCUGGAUGGAACCCGCAUGGGUGCUCUGAUCAGCCGACCACACCUUGACCGAGUCCUAGGUUUCGUCAGUCAAGCCAAGAAAGAGGGUGCCAGGGUACUGUGUGGAGGGGAGCCCUUUGUCCCCACUGACCCCAAACUUCAGGGAGGCUACUUCAUGUCCCCGUGUGUUCUGGAUAACUGCAGCGAUGACAUGACCUGUAUCAAGGAGGAGAUCUUUGGACCUGUAAUGUCUGUACUGCCUUUUGACACAGAGGAGGAAGUUCUGCAGAGAGCCAACAAUACCACCUUUGGCCUGGCUGCAGGCGUCUUCACAAGGGAUGUGGCCCGUGCCCAUCGCGUAGCAGAAAAUCUGCAGGCAGGAACCUGUUUCAUCAACAACUACAACAUCAGCCCCGUGGAGGUGCCUUUCGGCGGCUAUAAGAUGUCAGGCUUUGGAAGGGAAAAUGGCCAGGUGACUAUAGAGUAUUACUCUCAGCUGAAGACCGUGGUGGUUGAGAUGGGUGACGUUGACAGCCUCUUCUAGAUCUCGGUGUGAACAUUUACUACACUGACCAUUAUGCUGAAUGCAGAGCACUAACACUAAACCAGCCAACUGGCCACACUUCUAACACCCAACAUUCAAUUCAUACCAGUAUUACUGUGCUGAUGUAAUCUAAAAUCCCCCUGACCAGAUGAGAAGGCUUUUCCACUGCCUAUACUGUGCCAUAGGUAGAAUGCAAUAGUAUAUAU